GUAGACAUUUAGGAACACUGUGAAAAAAAUAUCUUCCCCGUUAUGGGGUUCAAAUUUAUAUUAUGGUGCGCGGUGUUGUGCAUCAGUGUCACCGCAUCACCGCGUUAUCCGGAUGAGAGCCCUUUCGCUCGAAGCGCUAUUGAAACAAUACCAGACCACGAUCCCAUCGCUCCUCCUAUUCGGUCUUCAGUGGAAAGCAUACCGCUCAGAAACAUUAACGAAGAAGGACAAGGAAGACUGCCUCUACGAGAUGCUGUUGAAAAACGUCCUAUACCAGUAGCCGACCGUGAUUCUUUAUAUAAAUAUCUAGAGGAUGCAAAAAGAACGGGAGCAGACGUUGAAGCUAUCGAAGAAUUUAAAAAAUACUACGGAGCUGCUAGUUACUUAAACAAUGAUUCACGGACGGAUGAACGAUUAGAGCAAGGAAACGCUAAUCUUCAAGAGAUGCAGCAAACAGUGAACGACCCGAGCUCCCGUCGCCUCGUAGUGUGCUACCUGGAGUCGUGGGCCGCGUACCGCGCGCCACCGCUGGCCUUCACCGCGGGGUUGGUGCCGCGCUCUUGCACGCACUUGCACUACGCUUUUGCGGUCCUGCAUCCACACACAUAUGAAGUUAUAUCAGCUAACGAAGACUAUGAUAUUAUUAAGGGUGGUUACCGCAUCGCCACGGGAUUGAAGCGUCGUAUUUCAGGUCUUCGAGUUAUAAUAAGUGUCGGCGGUGAGGGUAUGGAGCGUUUAUUUAGUGAAAUGGUUCAAGAACCCUACAGACGUAAUUCAUUUAUCGACAGUGCGCUCACCUUCCUACAAGAACAUGAUUUUGAUGGUCUCGACCUUCACUGGGUAUACGCAGGAGACAAGGACGAAAAGGAAAAAGAGCUAUUAACUACACUCUUAUACGAACUUCGGGAAAAAUUCUCUUCGUACGGUUAUCUCUUAUCGACUGUCCUUCCACCAUUCAGAUACCAAAUAGAAGAUGGGUACGAUCUAAGUGCAGUCAGUGGAGCAACGGAUUAUACAAUUCUACAGGCUUGGGACAUGACACACUCGAAACGUGAAGAUCCUCCAUCGAAAGCAUUACAGCAUAGCCCACUUCAUAGAGACCCCGGUGCCGGUGGAAGAGAUCAACGAUUCGAUAACAUAGAAUUUAUGGUAAAAUACAUAAUUCGCCACGGCAUGGCUGCUGAUAAGUUGGUACUUGGUAUUCCGUUAUUCGGACGCAGUUACACCUUAGCUGCUUCGACUUUGCCUGCUCCUGGUGCUGCUAUUGAUGGUUGGGGUGACGAAGGACAAUAUACACAAACUAAAGGGAUGCAAGCAUACUUUGAGAUAUGUAUGAAUGAACGUGAAGGCAAAGGAGUGAGCGGUGUGGACGCAGCUGGCAAUGCAUUUGCUGUCUUCGAUAACCAAUGGAUAAGCUAUGAUACGCCUAACACUGUUUUAGAAAAGAUGAAGUUUAUCACAAGUACUGGAUUAGCCGGCGCCGCUGCCUGGGCUAUUGAUAUGGAUGAUUUCCGCGGCCUGUGUGGAUCGCCUUUCCCAAUCUUAAGUGCUAUAUCUACUAGCUUGAAUGGUGAAGCAACAUUCACUGAUCAGUCCUCUCUUAAAAUUGGAUCAUGUGAAACCACAAAUCCUUACUUGGCCUCCGACGAAGAAUCCUGCGCACACUUCCAUUUCUGUACAGGAGGGAUCAGUUAUAGAAUGAUUUGCGAAGAUGAAAGGCUUUACGAUCCUUCGACUGGUUUUUGUGGUCACCAAGAUGUCGGCAAAUGUAUUCCCGGGCAAAGUCUUAGAAUUAGUGUCGAAGAGGCUACUCGUUUCUUGGCUCAAGCAUAUGAAACUGAUUUUGAGUGGAAUAGUGGAACCCACAAGGAGAUUCAAAGUAUGGAAUCUGAUCGUCUAGUUAAUUCUUAUCAUGCAGAAAAUAGAAAAGGAAAUGAUAAUGAAAAGCGCGUAGUCUGCUACAUGACCAGCUGGGCUUUCUAUAGAAGAGGCGAUGGCAAAUUUGUCCCGGAACAUAUAGAUACUAGACUGUGCACUCACAUUGUAUAUGCGUAUGCCUCUUUAUCACACGACGAACUUAUUGCUAAAGAGUUUGAUCCUUGGGCUGACAUCACUAAUAACCUCUACGAACGUGUCACUUCUCUGGGCGAUGCUAAGGUCUUACUGGGUUUGGGUGGAUGGACUGAUUCCGCUGGAGACAAAUACUCGCGUUUGGUGUCAUCGCGAACCCUACGCGCAAGAUUUACGGAGAGGAUUGUUACUUUCCUACGAAUGCAUAACUUUAAAGGUCUACAUUUAGACUGGAACUACCCAGUCUGUUGGCAGAGUAAUUGCAAGAAAGGUGCUAAGUCGGAUAAGGCAAACUUUGCAAAAUUUGUUCAAGAAUUAUCGAAAAGUUUACAUGCUGCAAAUAUGGAAUUGGGUGUCGCACUCUCCGGGUACAAGGAAGUUAUUGAAUCGGCUUAUGAUUUACCAGCCAUAUCUGCUGCUGCUGACUUCAUGAGCACGAUGACAUAUGAUUAUCAUGGUGGAUGGGAACGAAACACAGCUCAUCACACGCCUUUGGUCCCGAUGAAAAACGAUGCUCUAUCUUAUUAUUCUAUAGAAUAUGCAGUAAAAGCUUUGAUAAGUAGAGGAGCAGAUCCUAAGAAGCUGCUACUUGGGCUCGCGUUCUAUGGUCAGUCAUACAGACUCGCCGAUACGGAAGGAACAAGUGGACCAGGAUCACCAGCUGCAGGUCCCGGAGAACCUGGAGAAUUCACAAAACAACCUGGAAUGCUAGCUUACUAUGAAAUCUGCUAUAGAGUGAAAAAUUUGCGGUGGAAGACAGGCCGUCAGGAGAAAGCAGGACCUUACACUUAUUCAGACAACCAGUGGGUCGGAUACGAUGAUCCAAAAUCUAUAACAGAAAAGGUCGAAUGGGCAAAAAAGCAAGGAUUAGGUGGUGUGACAGCAUGGGCAAUAGAUUUGGAUGACUUUAACAAUCGGUGCUGCAACGAGCCAUCGCCGCUGCUGCGUGCUGCAAGUCGUGCUUUGGGAAGAUUAGUCCCUCCUCCGCCGACAUCUGCUUGUGAAAGACCACCACAACCAGUCACACCAGCGCCACCGACAACUACACCUGCUGAAUCGGACGGAUCGAUUGUUGGUGGUGGUGACCACGGCAGUCAUGUUAAUCACGAUCAUCAUACUUCUACAACCUGGCCUGGAUGGAACCCCUCGACUACAACUCAGAGCACAAUGCAAACUUGGUGGUCCCAGCCUACAACGACUCCUAUGACGACUACUAAAAAACCUACUACAACUACUCGACGAACUACUACUAGCACAACCACAACUGAAUCACCUCAAAUGGAAUCUGAUGUUGAAGACUCACUGUGUGAGGUGGGUGAAUACCGCGACGCGCCAGGUGACUGCGAAGCCUACCUACAGUGCGAGGCCGGGCAUUGGCGGAAGCACCGCUGUGCACCCGGUCUUCACUGGUCCGCAAAAACUAAAAGGUGUGAUUGGCCUAGCUUCGCUAAGUGCACAGCAACAUCAAAUAGUGAAGCAAGCACAGCGACCACUACAUUGGCACCUAUGACAUCACGACCACCACCUAGACCUACUACCACUAGACGUACUACUACUACAUCCACUACUACGACAACGACAACGACUACAACUACAACUGGCAGACCAACUACAGCUGCUAUUCACGACGGCGUGUCAGAAGGUCGACCAUGUAACGGUCAAGAGUAUCACGAGGUUGUGGGUGACUGUAACUCGUAUUUGCACUGUGACGGCUCCGUGUGGCGCCUGCAGCACUGCGCGCCCGGCCUGCACUGGAGCGCCGCGCAGAAACACUGCGACUGGCCCAAAUAUGCUAAAUGUAGUGGAAGUUCAACUCCAAAAACAACUACGACAGCCCCGAGACCGUCUCGGCCGGCAACUAAACCAACAAGGCCACCGACAACAACAUCAGCUGCAGUAGUUGAUCGACCAUCUGAAGACGGCCAAUGUGGUCUGAAUGAAAUGCACGCUCCAGCAUCAACUUGCGAUUCAUAUUUACUGUGCGUUGGCGGACGCUGGCGCAAACAGCUGUGCCCGCCCGGCCUACACUGGGACAAGCGCACAAAUCGCUGUGACUGGAUCGAAUUCGCUAUGUGUGAAGCAAGGCAACCAGACAGAACUACCAGACCACCCUUCCAGAGUAUAUUUACUACGACAUCUCGAAGACCACCAACUAGAAGAACAACUACAACAACAGCGAGACCUACUACUACUGUGACCCAAACCGGCCAGUAUCAAAUACCAACACGAUGUGCAACUGGCACAUAUCACGCGCAUCCUCGCUGCGAGAAGUUCUACGUGUGCGUAAAUGGCGUGCUCGUUGCACAGAGCUGCGCGCCCGGUCUCGUAUGGAACACACAAAAUUCGCAAUGUGACUUCCCUUCGAGAAACUCUUGCACUGACAGGCGACAAAUAACUUCUGCCCCUGCGGAAAUAAAACCUAGCGCUAUGCUGCAAAUUCCGGAAGAAAAACCAAUGUUCUGUGAAAGUGGGCAAUACGCCGCUGAUCCUUUAGAUUGCUCUCGAUACUUACACUGCCUGUUUGGCAAAUUCGAAGAGUUUUCAUGUAGCGCUGGCUUGCACUGGAACCUGGAGAAACAAAUCUGCGACUGGCCAAGUAACGCUCAUUGUAAAGUUCAGAAAGUAACAACGACGACUACAACUACAACUACAACGACAACAGAACCUACUGUAAUAGAUUCUGAGUCUGAUAGUCCCGUACAGUCUAAACCAAUUGUUGUUGAUGUUGAUUUAGUGGACCCUGCAACUAAACCAGAGCUAUUAAACACACGCUAUAAACUCGUAUGUUACUAUACAAAUUGGUCGUGGUAUCGACCAGGACUAGGAAAAUUCAACCCAGAAGACAUGGACCCGUCAAUUUGCACUCACAUUGUCUACGGAUUUGCUGUUUUAGGAGAACAAGACGGCCUGAUAACAGUACAUGAUCCCUGGUCUGACACAGAAAACCGUUUCUACGAGCGUGUGGUGGACUAUAAAAAGUACGGCGCUAAAGUGUCUUUAGCUAUCGGCGGUUGGAAAGAUUCUGCUGGUGAUAAGUAUUCCAAGUUAGUUAAUGAUCCUCAAGCACGCGCAAGAUUUAUCAGUCAUACUGUGCAGUUUAUAGAAAAAUACGGAUUUGAUGGACUGGAUUUGGACUGGGAGUAUCCUAAGUGCUGGCAGGUGGAUUGCUCUAAAGGUCCUGAUUCUGAUAAAGAUGGCUUUGCUGAUCUGGUUCGAGAACUAUCUGCUGUUUUUAGACCAAAAGGGCUUCUUUUAUCUUCUGCUGUAUCACCCAGCAAGAUGGUCAUAGACGCUGGUUAUGAUGUACCAACCUUGGCGCAUUAUUUAGAUUGGAUCGCGGUGAUGACUUAUGAUUAUCAUGGUCAGUGGGACAAGAAGACUGGUCAUCUUGCUCCACUUUACUAUCAUCCAGAUGAUGACAAUACUUAUUUUAAUGCUAAUUACACUAUGCAUUAUUGGAUGGAGAAAGGUGCACCUGCAUCUAAGCUUGUUAUGGGUAUACCUCUGUACGGUCAAAGUUUCACAACAUAUUCACAUUGGGAUAAUCGUGUUUCCAAUGGACUCAACAAGCCAGCGAUAGCAGGUGGCGAAGAAGGAGAAUAUACAAGAGCAAAUGGAUUCCUGGCUUAUUAUGAGAUAUGUGAUCGUAUUAAAAAUCGCAAUUGGGUAGUAGUUAAAGACAAAUAUAACCGUAUGGGUCCCUACGCUUAUAAAGGCGACCAAUGGGUAUCGUUCGACGAUGUCGAUAUAAUUAAAAGUAAAGUUAACUUUAUCAAAUCUCUUGGUUUGGGUGGCGGUAUGGUUUGGGCGAUUGAUCUCGACGAUUUCAAGAACAGGUGUAAUCAAGGGAAAUAUCCACUUUUGAAUGCAAUCAAAAACUCCCUACUAGAUUCAAAAGUAGACCCGGAGUCAGUGCCCCUAAAACCUGUUGAUGAAAAUUCUUUAGAUGAUGAUGAUUUUGAAGAUAUAGAAGUAAAACCUGCAUAUAAUAAACCCACAGUCAAACCCACACAUAAUAAACACACUACCUCACGUCCAACAACAACAACAACAACAACAAAGAAACCCACGACAGUUGCAGUUGUUAAUGACGAAGUACAAGAGGAAUAUAAAAUUGUCUGUUACUAUACUAAUUGGGCUUGGUACAGGCCGACUGCUGGUAAAUAUACUCCCAGUAAUAUAGAUCCGUCACUAUGCACACAUAUAGUAUACGCCUUUGCUGUACUGGACAGUACAAAAUUAGUAAUGAAACCACAUGACAAUUGGUUAGACGUUGAAAACAAAUUUUACGAAAAGGUCGUAGCCUUAAAAAGUCAUGGUGUAAAAGUAGUCUUAGGCUUAGGAGGUUGGAACGACUCUGCAGGUGACAAGUACUCACGAUUAGUAAAUAAUCCUUCAGCAAGAAGGAAAUUUAUUGUACAAGCCAUUGACUUUAUUCGACAACACGGAUUUGAUGGCUUAGAUCUUGACUGGGAAUACCCAAGAUGUUGGCAGGUUGAGUGUGAAAAGGGACCCAGUUCCGAUAAACAAGGCUUUGCCGCUUUGGUCAAAGAAUUACGUGCUGCGUUCGAGCCUCGAGGACUUCUUCUGUCUGCUGCUGUCUCUGCGAGCAAAAGAGUCAUAGACUUAGCAUAUGACAUACCGGUCUUGGCUAAGAAUUUGGACUGGAUUUCAUUGAUGACGUAUGAUUUCCAUGGACAAUGGGAUGGGAAAACUGGUCAUAUUGCUCCUAUGUAUGCUCACGAAGCUGACGACGAUAAAACAUUUAAUACGAACUUUACGGUAAACUAUUGGAUAAACAAAGGCACACCACGUAAUAAGCUUGUUAUGGGUGUUCCUUUCUAUGGACAGUCUUUCUCAUUAGUAGAAAACUCAGGUAAUGGCUUAGGAGCACCCACUUACGCUGGUGGUGAAGCAGGAGAUGAGACCAGAGCACGAGGAUUUCUAUCAUUCUAUGAGAUAUGUGAACGAGUGAGAGUCCAGGGCUGGCAAGUUGUUCGCGACCCUGGCGGUAGAAUGGGACCAUACGCAACGCUAAACGACCAAUGGGUUUCUUUCGACGAUGACUUCAUGGUGCGGCACAAGGCAGAAUACGUACGCGCUAUGGGACUUGGUGGCAACAUGGCGUGGGCACUCGACCUCGAUGACUUUACUGGAAGACACUGUGGCUGUGGACAAUCACCGCUGUUGGCCAAUAUCAACCAUGUACUGCGGGGAAAGGAAGCUCCACCGCAUUGUGCUUUUGAAGAGAUUCAAAGUACACCUACAGCCGUUGCUACAACGACAGACGAACCUAUCGCACCACCUACUGGUUCUCUUUCAGACGUCGAAAUUGUCAAUGAUGGAUCAUCGCUUGAGGGUAAAACUUGUUCUGGUGUCGUAUUUAAAGAAGACCAAACGGAUUGUGCGAAAUAUUAUUUGUGCAUCAAUGAACAAUACAUUCAACUUACUUGCCCUGCACCACUUGUUUGGAAUCAGAAUCAUUGUGAUUUCCCGAAUAAGUCGAAAUGUAAAAGUAAGAACAGCUUGAAAAUAAAAGAUAACAGCAAUGAAGUAGAUUAUGAAUUCAAGCCUAUCAUUGCGUGCUACUUUACUAACUGGGCAUAUUAUAGGCAAGGCAAUGGGAGCUUUGGGCCCGAACAAAUUGAGCCAUCACUUUGCUCACACAUUAUAUAUUCUUGGGCGCAUCUUGACGGCGACAGUAAUACAGUGGUUGCCGGUAAUCCAGAGCUGGACAUUAGUAACGAUUUCUAUGGAAAAAUCACGGAACUGAAAUUCAAGGGUGUAAAAAUAAUUCUUGGAGUCGGUGGAAUUGAAAACUCGAUGGAUGAGAAAUGGAGUCAAAUGGCUGCAAGCCAAGACAAAAGGAAAAUAUUUGGAAGUUCACUAUUGAAGUUCAUUCAAAAAUGGAGAUUUGAUGGCGUACAGAUCGCUUGGCAAUAUCCUGUUUGCAAGGAGGCACCGUGUACCGGAAAAGAUACGACUGAAAAAGACCAUUUCAGUAUUCUUCUCGUAGAGCUGUCCAAAAUAUUACGCCCACAUAAUUUGGAGUUCUCGGCAAUAGUAGCUCCAAACCCUGAAGUUGCAGCAGUGGCCUAUGACCCCUCUGUGUUGUCAGCCACACUUGACUGGAUUGCGAUAGCAGCAAAUGAUUAUUACGAAACAGACUCCAAGAGAACUGCUUACCUUUUACCAUUAAUGAACAAUGAACCUCAUAAUUUGGAUAGCUUAGCUGCGAUUAUAAGUUUCUGGUCCAGUAUAGUACCAGUUAAUCAACUAGUGAUGGGAGUCCCUGCAUACGGUCGCUCUUAUACUCUUCGAAGCGAAUUGAGCACAGGCGUCGGUGCACCUAUAGCCGGACCGGGUAUGCCAGGCCCUUACACGCGAAUACCCGGAUUCCUUGCCUACAAUGAGAUUUGCGCCCAAACCGAAUCUACCUCGUGGGACGUAAUGACCAAUGAAAAAGGUACGUAUGCGGUGAGCGGAUCGCGAUGGGUAUCAUACAUGCGGCCUCAGGAUGCAAUGGCAGCCACGACAGCGUUAAGGCUGGAAGGGGCGCGGGGCGCGGCGCUGUGGGCGCUGGACCUGGACGACUGGCGCGGCGCGUGCUCUUGUCCGCCGCGCGCCCUUCUCACCGCGCUAAGACAGGGCUUGCUCGAACCUAAGUCGCAGAACCUAAUGUGUUAA